CCGACCUGCAGGUAAACAGUUCAGCUGUCUCCCCAGCUCCUCGGAGAAACAUCGUCUGUGGAGGGAACCAAGUAACCUCAUAAAUGAUAUGAAGACGGACGAGAUGAUGAUUUGAAUGGGCAGCGGUGUGGGCGCAAAAGUUCACUAUCAGAGGCUUGUAAACCGGGACAUGUGUGCACCCAGUGAGACAGUAACCUGAGACCCCAUCCUGAGGGACCACCAGCAUGCUUCCCAUUUCCUCGCAGCUUUUAGGCAAGACCAGUGAUGGAGGCAGCCGAUGGAACCCUGCCGCUGCAGCCUUGCUGCUCUCCCUGUCUCUUGGCUUCCCUCUCUCUGUGGCCACUUGCCCACCCUGCUGCCUUUGUACCAGUGAUAUCAUUUCCUGCAGUGGGCGCAAUCUGUCCACGCUGCCCUCUGAUCUCCCAGGCUAUGCCACACGGUUGGACCUGAGCCACAAUGCCCUCGCUGUCCUGCCCGUGGGCUGGAUUUCCCAGCCGUUUGACCGGCUUGCUACGCUGGUUCUCAGCCGCAACUCCAUCAGCCGGAUCGAGGUAGACGCCUUCACAGUGACGCCGCACCUUCAACACCUGGACCUCUCUUCGAACCAACUGAUGGCGCUGAACUCGUCUAUCUUCACCGGGUUGAAGGAACUGAAAGAGCUGCUGCUGUUUGGCAACCAGAUCGUCCAGAUCAACCCAGGGGCCUUCAGCAAUCUUUACAGCCUGCAGAGGCUCUACCUCUCUGGGAACAGACUGAUAGCUUUCCCCCUUGGGCUUUAUUGGGAACCUGGAGGGCCUCGUAAUCUGACCUUUCUGGAUCUGUCAUACAACAGGCUUUCUGAGGUACCUGUCCAGAGCCUGCUGUCUCUCACCCGGCAUGGUGGAAUUUAUUUGCAGGAAAACCCUUUGGUCUGUGAAUGCGCUUUACUCGCCCUGCUGGAGUACUGGUUGUGGAAACAGUAUCGCCCACUGGUGGAUUUCAGAGGUGAAUACCCAUGUAGAGACGGUUCAGGACCGGUAUCUGAAUGUAGCCGGGAGGUUGUGUCAGAUAUACCCCUUGAGGCACAAACUUACCAAGUGGAGCCUGGCAAAUGGUUAAGAGUGCCAUGUCCUGGGUUGGCCUCUCAAGGCCAGGAGGGGCUGGUGGUGUUCUGGGUUACCCCAAGGACUGUGUUGAAUUCAUCAACCAAUGAUCCGAGUGCCCACCUAAUAGUUUUCCCCAAUGGCACCCUUGAAAUCCGGGGAGCCCUAAUGGAGGAAUCUGGCAUGUAUGGGUGCGUUGCAGCCCGCGGUCGGCACUAUGACCCCAACGAGUCUCUGGAGGUCUAUGUGGUGGUCGGAAACCGAAGCGCCACUGCAAGGGGCUUGGCACGCGGCAGCAGUGCCGAGCAUUUCAACACAGCGUUCACCACCCUGGCCUCCUGUGUGGUCAGCAUCAUUCUGGUGCUGCUCUACCUCUACCUCACCCCCUGCCGAUGCCGGGAAAACCGUGGCGGGGGAUCGAGAGGGUGCGGGGGGCGAGCCUUCAUCCUCUGCUCGGACCCCAGAGAGGUAGAGUCAGGACAGCGGCGGUCAAACGGAAAGAGGGUGGCUUUCUUAGAGCCUCAGGCAGACGACUCUGAUAUUGGUGGUCCAAAGACGCCAGCAAUGAAUUUGGGUCAGGUUACCACUGAGGGAAUUCUCAAAAAUGGAACUAGGACAGUGGGACAGACCCUCAUGGACACCGCUCACAUCGCAUAGCAAGAAAAUGACCUUUUGCACAUUCCUGUGUUUUGUUUUCACUGUCUUGUUCCAGGACACAAUGAGGAAAUCCAUUUGAUGUGAAGUAGUGUAAUGUAAUUCUCAUAGAGUAGUUAUGCAAUCUAGGGGUUCGGGUGUUUGGUCUGAAGCACAAAAAUGCAGUCCUUUCGUAGGCAGAAUUUCAAUUAUGUCUCUAAUGUAAGUGGUGUCUGUUUUUUGCAUUAAGAGCUCAUAUGGAAAUUUCCCUGUUACCACGGGGAAUCGUUAUUGCAAAGAUCAUAUAAAUGUUGGUGGUGUUUUAGAUUGGGCCGAGUGCAAUAUUCCCACCUGAUUUGAUA